CCGUAUAACGAACGAGGCAGCAUUUUAAACUUGUACCAGACACUGUUGUCAAAAGACUGGACGCCGCAGCAGCACAGUCAGGUUUGGCGUCUGAAUCUAGUCCUCAUCGGAUCUUUUAAAAUAUUUAAAUUCGUUCUUUACAUGAUAUAUGUGUUGUUAAAGUAAAUGUUCGAGUGUUUUUUUUUGUAUUUCCAUCUGAGUGUCGGUUUCAGGCGCAUACGGGAGUAGCCUCGUUUCCAUUACCAUACAUUAGCGUCGUUUAAAAUAUAAUUCGUAACUGAAGAGCUUUUUUCGAAGUUUUAAAGUUUUUAUUAACUCGCCGAAGAAUACUCGACACCAAAAAUGAGUGCUGCGAUCCCGAAGCCGGCGAAUCCGUCGGCCCACGUCGACCCAAAGUCGGCUCCUCUCAAAGAAAUCCCAGAUAUUCUGGUGGACUCGCGCACCAUGAGGAGAUACACGAGGGGACGAUUCCUGGGAAAGGGUGGUUUCGCCAAGUGCUAUGAAAUCACAGACAUGGAAUCGAAACGGGUUUUCGCCGGAAAAAUCGUGCCUAAGUCCCUCAUCAUGAAGCAGCACCAGAGGGAGAAGAUGACCUCGGAAAUCGCCAUUCACAAAAGCCUGAACCACCCGAACGUCGUGGGUUUCCAUGGCUUUUUCGAAGACGAUGACUUCGUUUUCGUCGUCCUCGAAAUAUGCAGGAGAAGGUCUUUGUUGGAGCUGCACAAACGUCGUAAGGCUGUGACUGAACCGGAGGCUCGGUACUACAUGAUGCAGAUGCUCAGAGGAGUCCAGUACCUGCACAACAACAAGGUCAUCCACCGAGACCUGAAACUGGGCAACAUCUUCCUCAACGAAGACAUGGAUGCCAAGAUCGGUGACUUUGGCCUGGCCACCAAGAUCGAGUUUGACGGCGAGAGGAAGAAGACUCUGUGUGGAACUCCGAACUACAUCGCUCCAGAAGUGCUGUGUAAGAAAGGCCACAGCUACGAAGUGGACGUGUGGUCGCUGGGAUGUAUACUAUACACCUUGUUGGUGGGCAAGCCUCCAUUUGAGACUUCCUGUCUGAAGGAGACCUACACCCGCAUCAAGAAGAACAACUACACCAUCCCAUGGCACAUCAACCCACUUGCCUCCACUCUAAUCAAACGGAUGCUGCACGCCGACCCGGGCCAGCGGCCUACGAUCGCUGAGGUGAUAGCCGACGAGUUCUUCACCUCAGGCUACAUCCCUCUGCGUCUGCCCACCACCUGCCUCACUGUUCCACCCAGGUUUUCCAUCGCUCCGUCUACAGCUGGCGAUCUGAGCCAGAGGCGUCCACUGACAGCCAUUAACAACAAAGGUGUGGACAAAGUAGAAUCUAAGGACGAGCUUCAGCAAAGAGACGCAGAGCCUUCAGAAUGCCACCUGAAAGACAUGCUGCAGCAGCUCAACGGUAUCCUGGCGGCCAAACCCUCAGAGAAGGCUGUGAACUGACAGGAAGAGGCAGAAGAUCCCGCCUGUAUCCCCAUCUUCUGGAUCAGUAAAUGGGUGGACUACUCUGACAAGUACGGACUGGGCUACCAGCUGUGUGACAACAGUGUGGGUGUGCUGUUCAAUGACUACACCCGUCUGAUCAUGUACACUGACGGAGACAGUCUGCAGUACAUUGACAAAACUGCGGCGGAGUCCUACCUCAGCGUGCGCAACUACCCUGCGACCCUGAACAAAAAGAUAACUUUGCUGAAGUAUUUCCGUAACUACAUGAGCGAGCACUUGCUGAAGGCCGGAGCGAACGUGGCACGGCGGGAAGGAGACGAGUUGGCCAGACUGCCUUAUCUGCACCUGUGGUUCAGGACCAAGAGCGCCAUCGUGCUGCACCUCACCAACGGCACCGUUCAGAUUAACUUUUUCCAGGACCACACCAAGCUGAUCCUGUGUCCCCUGAUGGGGGCCGUGACCUACAUCGACGAGAAGAAGGUCUUCCGCACCUACAAGCUGUCUCUGCUGGAGGAGUUUGGCUGCAGUAAGGAGUUGGCUAGCCGCAUGCGCUACGCCAAACUGAUGGUGGAGAAACUGUUGGACAGCAAAUCCUCGGCCACCGUGCAGUAGUCAAACCCCCCACCUCCAUCUCCACCUUCACCUCUUGUAUCAUUUCUGUCUUUAAUCACUGGCUCCUGCUCUGUCUCCUGGUGAAAAGAUCAUCUCGACUCGUCUUUUAUUACUGUGGCAGUGGGAGGCUGUGACUUGACUCUUGGUCGUCUGUUGUAUUUUAGUCCGGUGAUCGUCAUCCUCUUCUUAACUCCUCAGCUGCAGCGCCUCCUUCUGGGUCACUGCUGCAGGUGCUGCAGACGUUGACUCUUUCUGGACAUCCGGUGUUGUGUUCAGGUGUCGUGGGUGAAAUGAGCACAGAAGACUGUUGUUUUAUCUGGGCUGUACAUAGAGAAACGGACCACGUCACGUCUUCAUCAUGUACACGUCUCCUUUUAAGAUGUCCUCUUUUAAAUGUUUCUGUCAGAUCCCUGUCCCAAACUUGUACAUACUCCAUAAUACGUGUACCUGUUGUAAAGAUGAUAACUUUCUACCAAAUUUAAAUAAAGACUUUGGAAGAUGACAAUA